GAGUUGCCCGCGUGAUGACGUCAGAAGCAACAGGUUUGCCUAGCUCCACUUUAGCUCAACGCAGACGAUUUAUCGACUGAAUUUACGUGUUCAAGGAUAAAUAUUACUUUUAUAUCACUGUCCCUUAAGUCACGACCUAAGCAGGGAUGUCAGUGAUGUGGACAGUGAAGGUGGUGGGCCUGGGAGUCGUGGCCUUUUCCCUCAGUGUGGAACUGCUGUGGCGGCUCCUGCGGCGCCUCAAGCCGCCUGCAACUCUGAAUGAGGUCCUCUUCUUUCCCUCAGAGGUGGCCUGCAUGGAGCACAUCUUCUCUCCUGCUUCUCCCAACUCCUGUUGUUGCCCAUUGCCUCAUGGUGUAGAGACGUCCUUCACCCAUCUUCUUCGCUUCAUCCUGUCAGCGUCCUCCUCUCUGGACUUGUGUUUGUUUUCUUUUUCCAACAUGGACCUAUGCAGGGCUGUUUUGUACCUGUACAGAAGGAAGAUCACCGUUCGAGUCCUGGUGGACAAAGAAUACAGUGUCAUCACUGGCUCCCAGGUUGGAGCCCUCCGCAAGGCGGGGAUCUGCGUGCGCAACGUGGGCCGCUAUGUGCACAUGCAUCACAAGUUCGCCCUGGUGGACGGCCGACGCCUCAUCACAGGCUCCCUCAACUGGACGCUGGCGGCGGUGCAGUGCAACUCUGAGAACGUCCUGGUCACCGAAGAGCCUCGUCUGGUCCAACCCUUCGUCAGAGAGUUCUGUCGGUUAUGGGCGGACAAUGAUCCCUCUCAGAAUGUACCUUUUAGUGACCAAAAUGUGGCCCACAACUGAUUAGCACUGUGUGAUACUGGGAGGAGGGGGGGAGGGGCUUCGAGUCAGUUUUAAGUUUUGAAAGACUUAUGUUGAAUGCCUUUUCCGAACUUUAAAGUAGUUUAAUAGCACACUUGCCUCAGUGUGAAUGCUGAAAGACAAGCAUUCCUAAACAUUUUUUUCUCCAGAUUAUUAAUCAUAUGCUAGAUUUCACAGUUUUGUUCCAGACAACAGCAUACAAGAUUGACCAAAGACUUAUGAUGUCACUGCAUCGAGUUAGAUUGCUCUGACGUCAUCCCUUGACACUCACGCCCAUAUUUACGUGGUACAUGUAAUCUCCUAUGAUAUGCAGUGAUGUCAAAACAACUUUAGACACACAACAAAAUGAAACUUUGGCUUUUCCUAAUAUUGUUCCAUCACACAGCUUUUUACAAUUAUACUUUAUUUUAUAUAUAUUUUUUAAAGUAUAUGUAACGUGACAUUAACCCAAAAAAUUUUGUCCCCCCCCCAACCCCCCAUUUUUUCAUGUUAUGUAAAGUUAGAUCAACCUUAUAAUUAGUGAUUACAUUUUAAAAAGACACUUAUGCGGAUGACAACACAAAUUCAGUAAAGUCAAAGUGUCACUUUUUGAGGGGAAAAAUAGUUCCCUUACAUCAGGAUAAUUCAUUAUUAGGAGAAUAAUAUUUCCUGACCCUCAGUCCUCCUCAACCCAAGUGAGGCUCAGUAGGAAAAAAAUGGAUGGAUUGACCAUCACUCUUUUUUGGCUUUGACAAAAUGGCAUCAGUGUGCAAAAAUAUAUUGUUUUAGGCACCACAUAUUGGUAGAGCAUAGUCCCCAAUUAAUUUUUCUUACGCAUUUUAGCUCAGUGGCAGUUAACAGUAAUUUUUGUGGAUUCUUCAUAACCAAAGCUUGGGCUGGCAUUGUGUUGUAACAGCUGUUUUUUGACAGAAUUGUUGUAUAUAGUAGUUUAGAAAUUACUUGUUAUUAAGACUGAGUGUUUAUGUUUUUUGUGUUUUAUGGGCAGUCUCAGUGCCAAUUAAAUCCAAAUUGUUUUUCAGAGCACCAACUA